GUCCGAACCCAACUGCAUAUAAAUCAUCAUGUCUCCCCCACCAUUUCUCCAUCCCUCCCAUCCUCACCAAUACUUAUCCUCCUCUUCUCCUUAGCUAUUGCCGAGCUACUAAUUUCCUUAAUUAAUUAUCAUCAUCAUCAUCAGCAGCAACAAAACUAAAUUAUAGUUAACCUCGGAAUUGAAUUGAAGAUCAUAUCAGACAUGAAUCUAAGUGUUAAUGGUGAGUCCCAGGUGCCUCCUGGAUUCCGGUUCCAUCCCACCGAGGAAGAGCUUCUUCACUAUUACUUGAGGAAGAAGGUUGCCUCCCACAAGAUUGAUCUUGAUGUUAUUCCUGAAGUUGAUCUUAACAAGCUUGAACCUUGGGAUAUUCAAGAGAAGUGUAAGAUAGGAUCAACCCCACAGAAUGAGUGGUACUUCUUCAGCCACAAAGACAAGAAGUAUCCGACCGGAAGUCGGACAAAUCGAGCGACGGCUGCCGGAUUCUGGAAGGCCACCGGGCGAGACAAAGUGAUACACUCCAAUUCUAGAAGAAUUGGUCUGAGGAAAACCUUAGUGUUCUACAAAGGUCGAGCUCCUCGUGGCCAGAAAUCCGACUGGAUCAUGCAUGAAUAUAGGUUGGACGACAAUACCUCCCAUGAUAAUGUCACUGGUACAAAUUUGGUAGGGGAGAUGAGUAGUGGUCCAGAAGAAGGUUGGGUGGUCUGCAAAGUUUUCAAGAAGAAACUCUACCACAAGGCGGCCAUGGAGUAUCAACAUCAUCCUCAGACCCACCACCAGCGAAACGACGGCGUUCUCGACCAAAUACUCACCUACAUGGGAAGAUCCUCCUCGUCCAAACACCACCUCGCCGGAGAAACAAAAAACAUCCUCCUCGCCGGCGCCGGCGCCGACGAAAACUCACCGCCGCCGCCGCCGCCGCAAUUCCUCCACAUGCCGCCGCUCGAAACCACCACCCCAUCCGCCGUGGACAUCUCCCACAUCAUCCCCUCCUUCGACGACAUGUUGGCCGACACCCAACCCUUCUACCCUUGCUACGACGGCGCCGGCGCCGACCCUCACGGCGGCUUAGACUUUUCCCUGGACUGCUAUGGAGCGCAUCCGACGGUGGAUGAUGAUCUACGACCCUACGAUCAUAAUCAGAUCUCUCAAGUCCAUUCCACACUUAUUAUGGACCCCUUAUCUCACUUGUCUGUAUAGAUUUAUAUAUAUACAUAUAGUAAUUAUAUAUACCUAUGGCUAGAAGUCAGAAUAAUAUAUGAUUGAUAUAUAGAAUCAUAUACACAUAUAUACUUUUUGUUUUAUAUACAUACAUAGAUACAUAUAUGAUUGUGUAUCACUAUAUGUAUAUAUGUAUGUAACCAUGCAUGCAUGCAUAAUAUGCUUUAGGAAUAUGGUAAUGCUAUUUGUGUCGAAUUUUGUAUCAUCUCGAUCAUAUAAAGUUUGAUUUGUUUGGCUUGUGACUAGACUUGGGCAAUUUGCUAAUUCAUAGUGGUUAGUUAAUGGAUAUGAAACUUUUUUU